AUGACAUCGAACAUAGCUGAGUCACUGAACAAAGCUUUAGGGAAGGGGAGAGGUUCACCAAUAGUUGAGUUGCUUAAGUUUAUACGAGCAAUGUUGACGAGGUGGUUCAGUGCUAGGAGAAAAAAGGCUGGUAGGCACAUUGGGUUAACAACUCCUGAGGUGGACAAGCAAAUGACAAAAAAAUUGUUGACUGUGAAAGGAAGCCAAAUUGGAAUGAUUUCAAGUUGGAGUUAUGAAGUGGUUGGAAUGCUUAACGGUAAGAAUUUGUUAGACAUGAAACAGUGCACAUGCAGGGAGUAUGACAGGUUUAAAAUACCGUGUGGGCACGCUUUGUUGGCCGCUAACAGCCAAAGGAUACCAUUUUCAUCUUUGGUUGGUGACUUCUACAAAACAGAAGAUUGGAGAUCUACAUACGAAGGGAUAAUAAACCCGGAAAUGACUGAUGUUAACGUCCCGGAAGAAAUUCGAACACAUUUAUUGUACCCGCCUAAAGCAAGAAGACCUUCAGGGCGUCCACCAAAGCUAAGGAUCCCUUCAACUGGUGAAGUUCUGAAGAAUGUAACUGGAAAACCAAAAGCUAAUAAGUGUGGCCGAUGCAGAGGAACAGGGCAUAACAGAGCUAGUUGCUCGAACCCAUUGCCGUGA